AUGCUACAAAGGUAUGGAACUAAGUUCCUUAACCGAGCAAAUUUAUUCUUAGUUCAGAGACGUACAGUGUUUGUCUCCACAAAGCCAAUACGCACAAGACGGCGUGGAUCACAAAUAAGACCGAGUAAACUUGAUGAAGCUGAGGCGCAACUUGAUUCGCAGCUAAACGAGUUGAAACAUCAAGAACUCCAGUUGAGAAAAUUUCUGGAAGAGCAAAAGGACAAGCGCAUUCAAGAUACCAUUGUGGAGAACGAUAACCUGGAGAUUUCUCAGAGUGCAUCAAAUAAGGAUAUCUCUGCAAUUGAACAAAGCAUGCAGCAGCUACCGGCUGGCAAGAAAGAAGCCAGUCUGUUUUUGAAAUCUAGACCUAAUGAGCUCCCAGAGUCCAUUCAGAACAGGAUCUAUCCUUCAAAAACUGCGCAACUGCUGGAAUCAGAUCUCAGUUGGCCCCAUAAAAUUGAUCUUCUCAGCAGUAAAGGUGGCUUCGAGGGGAUUCCCCAAAGAGAUAUUGGUAUAUUUAUUCAUCAGGUUCCCUUGCUGGCACGAGCCAACAGUGUCGCUCGGUUGGAAAAAAUGCUUCAGGACGCCAAGGUACCGUUCGACACCUCCAUUGUAAACGGCUUGAUGUCCGGCUACGCUCAAGUAGGCUCGCCUGAGAACGUUGAGCGUUUAAUGAAACUGGACCCUUCUCCUCCUACUCAUUAUACGUUUGGACAUUUGGCCAAGGCCUACUUCAAAACCAAAAAUGUCGACCAAGUUGGAGCAGUGCUGCAGCGAAUGAGUGAGCUAGAGCUUCAGCCGACGCUGCCCAUCUACACUACAGUUAUUCAAGCCUGUAUACAAAGUAGGCAGUAUCGUCGGGCCCUCAAAAUUUUUGACAACCUAAAGUACAUGGCUGUGAAAACGCAGCCGGAUGUGAAGUUGUACAACACUAUGAUGCUGGCGGCUUCAAAAGAAAUGAAUGUGAACAAAGUGUUGGAUUUGUACAGAGAAAUGACGUCGAGAGCUGUUGAUCCGCUUGUACCUGAUGCAGAGACCUACAACACGCUUGUCUAUGCGUGUACACGCGACGAGAAAACCCAUAUCCAAGCGUGGAAAUUUUUUAUGGAGAUGCUCGAUGCGGGCUUAUCCACAGGACGUCACACGAUGAAUGCCCUUCUGUACAUGUGUGCCAAUACUGGCGAGCUCUUUUUGACGAGAGCUCUUUUCAAGCAGCUAUUUAUGCGUCCAGAAUCUUAUCCUGAUGGGUUUGCUUUAAACUGUUUGUUCACAGCAUAUGCCAAGUAUACCCCGAACACGCUUUCGACGGUUCUUGAGAGUCCCUAUGGACCCAAGAUCCGCUCGAAGGUUAUGAUUCAAACAGGCAAUGAAGCACCCAAUCUGGAAAUGAUGCCACCAAUGCUGCCUUUGAAUUUGCUGAGCUCUGAGUUAGUAGUGGCAGAGUCGGCUGCGUUGGUGCAGUUCUUUGCCGAAAAGCAACCGGAAAUCCUUUUUGUACAGAACAUGGCAUCGGCAUCCAGCAAUUCCCCGGUUUUAUUUAAUUUUGUGCAUCUCCCUGCAAGACUAGGCGACUUUCAGGAGUACAAGCGACGUUACCACAAGUACACUUUUUCGGUGGCCGCUGUGAAGGAGAAAUCGACCGAGGAGGUGAGCAAACUCAACCAAGUUGCUAUCCCCCGAGAUGGAAACGUGUAUCGGCAAGCGAUCCUCGCUGCGAAAGAUGCAAAGGAUCUCGAAUUUGCCCGGCAGGUCUGGGAAGAGCGAGGUUCUUGGCGACACACCGAUAUGUUCAAGCAGCUGCCCAAAGAAGCGCGGGAAAAGUCAGAUAUCCGGUUUGCCCGCGACAUGGUGGAGCUGUUUGCAGUCAGUGGAGAGGUCGAAAAUGCCCUUCGCAUUGUGCUCUCCACGUCCAAGUACUUCAGAUGGCGCCGCGUUCACUUGCAGCCUCUGAUUGAUAUUUGCGUUGAGCACGAGGAUUUCGCUACUUUGAAGGAGAUCCACAAGUUGCUUGGUUGGUACUGGCGGCGCGAGCAGAGCCUUUUACACGAGAAAAUCUAG